UUAAAUUUAAAAAAAUUAAUAUUAAUUAAAAUAUUAUACAUUAGUCAUAACCUAUAAGAUGGCGGGAAUGGAACACUGAAGGUUGCGUGUAUAUGAUGACUCAACGGCAGUUGCAUACAAUACAUGGCUAAGUUCACGCAUGUAUAAAACGCGGUAAUUUUAAAAUGAGUACUUUUGAUGGUGUAAUUACAGAAAUCCCGGAUAUUUCUGUUGACUAUUUUAAAGAAGAAAACUAUUUUGCAAAAGCUUUUUUCCUAUCACAUAUUCAUAGUGAUCAUACGGAAGGGCUAUUUGAAGAAAUUUUUGUAAAUCAUUUAAAAGAGACGAAUAAAUAUGUUUAUAUGUCCGAAUUAACUAAACUAUUAUUAACACCAAAAUUAAAACCGUCCAAUUCUGAUAUUUUAUGGCACAUUAAGACGUUAAGUUUGAAGUAUUCAACGUUAAUUACCGAAAAUGAUGUAAAUGUUUCUGUUUCGCUUUUACCAACUGGUCAUUGUGCUGGAGCAGUGAUGUUUUUAUUUGAAACAAAUUCAAAGAGAAUUUUAUAUACGGGAGAUAUACGGAUUGAAAAUGAGGGAUUCAUGAAAUACCGAAGAUUGCAUGCUGAUUAUGACGAAUCGGUUGUAAAACAAAUUGAUACAUUAUAUCUGGAUACCACUUUUUUAAAUCCAGUAUACGAUUGGUUUCCAAAUCGAGCAGAAUCGGCCAAGAAAAUAUGUGAUAUAAUUCAAGACUGGUUAAUUAAAGAUAAAAACAAUUCAACUUUUAUAAAAUUAUCUGCUGUUUGUGGCUCGGAACAAUUAUUUAUUGCAAUUUAUGAAAAGUUGAAAGAAAAAAUUUAUGUUCAUAAGGAAUACGAAGACGUUUAUUCUAAAAUACCCGAAAUGGAAAAUGUUUACACUUUCGAUGGAAAUUCAUCUCGAAUACAUGCGUCUCAGAAAUUUGGAUGUUGUCAUUUAUGCCGAGGUAACAAAAUAUUACAAAUAAGUCCAACGGCUUUAUAUUGGACCAAAGAUAAAUUCGUUAUUGAUAAAGACCAACAAUUAUGUAUUUCCGAAGUUGGCGAUUAUUCAGUACGAGUUUGUUACUCGUGUCACUCUUCAUAUUCUGAAAUUAAGUAUUUAUUGAAAUACUUGAAACCAAAAAAAGUUGUUGCUUGUGUAGAUCACAAACAUAAUGAUUUUGUUUCAACGUUUAUCAAUAAUUAUAAUAAAAGCUCUAACGAAACUUUUGAUUCUGAUAAGGAGGAUUCUGAACCAUUAAUUAUUGAACCCGAGGAUGAGAGUUUAGACAAAUGUAGUCAAAGUUCAGAUGAUUCAUUGUUACCUUGCACUCCCCCAGAAAAAUAUCCUAAAUUAUCUUAAUUAACAUUUGUCAAAUUAAGUUUAGUUAAUAUUGAGAAACUAACUAAAAUCAUUGUAGAUCUUCAUAUAUGACUUUUAAAAAAUUAAUUUCAAAACA